GAUAAAAAAUUGAAUACUUAACCUAAAAAAAUUUAAAUUUCAUAAACUACUUUAAAGACAAAUGUUAUUAAUAAGAUACAAUUAUUUAAAUUUAACUGGAACUAACAAUGAUCCACAAUGAUCGCUAUUAGAACAUGAAAGCAUUGCAUUUCAGUAGAGACAUGGAGACAAAUAAAAGUGUAGAUUUUGUUGAUAAAUAUCGUAAAUUAGUUCAUCAUUACAUAGAUUUACAUGUGUAUGGUGCUGCACUAUUUUGGGCUGAUAAAGUUGUAGCUAUAACGAGCAGUCCAAGAGAUUUAUAUUGGUUGGCUCAAUGUAUGUAUUUACAAAAACAAUAUCAUAGAGCAGCUUUCUUAUUACAAUCAAAAAAAUUAGAUAAGACCCAUAUUUUGUGUACAUAUCUAACAGUAAAAUGUUAUUACGAAGCCAAUGAAUACGAUGAAGCGCUAAAAGUAAUUAAUAAAUGUAAUAUUAAUGUUUUGGGUAGUGAUUUUUCACCAAAUCUAUCUAAAAUUGAAAUGAUAUUGUUUGAUAAUGUUCCUGAAAAUCAAGCUUUAGCAGCAUUUUAUUUAUUAAAAGGAAAAGUUUUAGAAGGAAUGGAUAAUCGGGGUUUAGCUGCUGACUGCUACAAAAGAGCUCUCUCAUUUGAUAUAUAUUGUUUCGAAGCAUUUGAUUUACUAAUUAAAUAUCAGAUGCUAAGUGCCACGGAAGAACAAGAGCUUCUCCAGUCAAUUCCUACAGAAAGUAAUUGUUCAACUGAAGAGGCACAAGUUAUUAAAGCCUUAUACGAACUAAGACUUAAGAAAUACCAUACUCCUCAGACACAGAUAAUUAAAAGUACUCCUCUUAUUUUUAUUAGUAAGGUUAAUGACACUUCGUCUAAUGAUGUAAAAUCUUUGCCUUCAACACCAAACUUACACAUCACUCCAACCUCGAUUAGUACUCCAAUGGUUAUGAAAAACAAUGAAAAGAAUUUGCGCAAAAAUCAGAAGCUUCAAAUUGACAAUCAGAUGCAGGUUGAUCCUUUUGAAAAUGUUGCAAUUUCAAGGUUUCAAGGCAGCUUAGACUUUUAUGUUGCCCAAGCAGAGAUGUUUUAUUACAACUGUGAUUAUUCAAAAUGUAUCGGUUUAACAGAGCAAAUAUUGAAAAAAGAUCCAUAUCACGAUGGUUGUCUGCCAUUGCAUAUUUCGUGUUUGGUGGAAUUGAAGCAAAGUAACAAACUCUUUUCAUUGGCUCAUACACUGAUCGACCUGUAUCCGAACCUUGCCAUUUCAUGGUUUGCUGUUGGCUGUUACUACUAUAUAAAUGGCACAAGCGAUAAUGCAAGAAGAUAUUUAGCCAAAGCCACUUGUCUGGAUCGGCUUUUUGGUCCAGCCUGGCUAGCAUACGGUCACUCUUUUGCUAUUGAAAGUGAGCAUGACCAAGCUAUGGCGGCUUAUUUCAAAGCGUCUCAACUUAUGAAAGGCUGCCAUUUGCCAUUAUUGUAUAUUGGACUUGAAUGUGGAUUGACAAAUAACGUUAGACUAGCAGAGAAGUUUUUCCAGCAAGCCCAAAAUAUUGCUCCUGAAGAUCCCUUUAUUAUGCACGAAAAGGGGGUUAUUUGUUUCCAAAAUCAAGAUUUUGAGUCGGCAGAAAAACAUUUUAAUGAAGCUCUAGAAAAAAUAAACAAAAUCAAAAAGGGUCCUAUACCUCCAACUUGGGCUCCAUUAUUAAAUAAUUUGGGUCACACAUGCAGAAAAUUAAAGAAAUAUGAAGAAGCGUUAGAUUUCCAUAGUCAGGCACUUCUAUUACAACCGCAAUCGGCCAGUACAUUUUCGGCCAUAGCCUACGUGCAUGUCCUAAUGGAAAAUUAUGACGAAGCCGUCGACUGGUUUCAUAAAGCUUUGGGCUUGAAAAGGGAUGACACGUUCAGCACUACGAUGCUGAAUUAUGUAAUAGAACAGUGGGCAGACAGACAACCUUUUGCAGAUUGUCCUGAAGAGAUACCAAAGUUCACUCCUUCCAAGUCAAGAAAUGUAACAAUUGAAAACAAUUUGUCAAGCGUUAAUACAGGCUCCAAUAUGUCGCUUACCAAUAAUGAAACUCAGGGUGAAUCUGUUGAAAUGAGUGUGGAUAUGAGUCUUGAUAUGUAAGGUUUAUUAAAUAAAUACAUUCAAGAAAGAA